AUGGCAGUGACCGAAGGAACCUUGCGAGCUGGUGGAGAACCCGCGAAAGCUACCGGAGAGGAAAAUGACCCGCAUACAUGUAAUCUGACCCCAAUUGGUGCAGCGCCGGAGGAUACACAGUUCUUUUAUCUUGACGACGAUGAGAGGAUCACAGCCUGGGUACCUCUCGCCGCAAGUGACCUAAUCGGCAGAUCUUGUCUUCCUGAAGUCUCGUUUGCGGUUCUCACGCACUCCGUAGUUCUCUUCAUGUCGCAAUCCCGUGAAAUUCUAUUGGAUAGUUCUAAGCAGGAUGUCUGCAGACCUAUGGUUUAUAGGUUCGCCAGACAGAUCAUACCGGUUGUAUGGGGGAACUACUUGCAGGAUCAAAAUUUUAACCAACAAGAAAGAUUCGCUCAUGCUUAUCAGAUCGUCCGGGAACUCAUCGGGAUUUGUCUCGAACUUGAUGUGGAGGACAUUCCGACUGAGACUAGACGCGUCUCAUCCGCUUGUGAGUGGUCGGAAACUCCGCGAGGUGACGAGCUCCAGACCUCUUGGGGUGACUCCCCAGAGAACCUCACGAUGCUCGAACACAACUUUCACAAUGCUCGUCUGUUGGGACCUAAUGUUUUAAUUUAUCGCUCUGAUUCUACCAUAGCUUUAUCGAGGUUGAGUAAGGGUAUCAUGGGGAAGAAGUUAGAGAGAGCCUUGCUGAGCACUCUUACUGAUCUUGGCAGUGUCUAUUGCACGAUGUUAGAAAACAUCCACGCCAAAAGGGGACUGGCUUCAAAGGAGAACUUCGAGCCGGAGGAGAUGAUCUCGUCCACACCGCUUCUGGGACUGAAAGUCGGUGGUAUCAGACACCCUGCUUAUGUGAAUCCCAACAAGGUCAUGCUACGUGACUGCACGAUGCCCGUGAUGCCUCAUGAGAAGGAUGAGAAAGACUACCAAGACUUCUGCUCAUCAGGCCUUCAGUCCACAUCCCGAGAUGCCUUAGUGACUGCGAUGAAGAAGGUUAAACUCAGUCCCGACAGUGCUGGUCCGAGAGGUAUCCAGAAAAGGCGUUAUGUCCCAAAAGCAAGAUCUCCGCUUCAAAAGAUGGAGCUUGCGUGUGAAAACGCGUGCCAGUACGACUCUGAUUUCGAUAAAUUCGUCAAUCAUGAGAAUCCGCCGAUCAAUACGUCCCCGGAUUGUAUCUGGUGUUUUGAUUAA